AUGACGUCUCUGAUUGGAGUUGGCCGCAACAUGAAGUGCUUCAAGGCCAAGUUACUCAUUGACAAUCAAGUAUAUAGUGUUGUAGCAAAACACCAUAUUUCCAAACGCUGUCCUUUAGAACAGUAUCAGCGUCAAGCACAGUCAUAUGUACAUGCCGAGGCUGCCAUUGAAUCCUUCAAGGCUGACGUUUUGUAUUACCCAAAAUUCACGGCUCUUGACAAGGAGUUGGCCAAAAAGUUGAGAAUUGCCAAGUGCUGGGUUGUGCAGAAGGUAGGCACCAAAGCCCAAGUUGAUGAUGCCACUGACUCCGACUUUUGGCUUUUUGAAGAAGAAUUGGAUGGCAAAUUUGUCAAGUAUAUGGGAAAUGACAACUUUAUUAACAAGCACAGUUGUACUCCCAUAUACCAAAUGAUCCACGCCCUUGCACAUCAUGACCUUCAAGAGAAUGGUGGCAGAUCAUUCGUAUGCGACUUACAGGGGGGUGGUGCAACUCUGACUGACCCCGCAGUUAACGAUCUUGAUAAAACCUUUGGCAGUGGCAACUUGAAUUAUGAAGGCCUCCGCUUGAUGAUAGAUCAACACCGGGAGAAUCAAUGGUGUAGAAAUUUUGGACUUGACAAUAUGGAAAAGUUUAAACGACAGCUUGAAUUGUGA